UGUUAGCAGUGCCACGUCAGCAACAGUGCCACGUUAGCAGUGCCCCGCCACCAUGACGGGCGCAGCUCUGGGCAUGCCAGGCCAACUGGCCAACGAGUCUAUUGCCGACUACAAACAGCGGUUCCAGACUCAACUCGCAUUGAUCGAGGCUGAGGAACAGCGCCAGCUGGCAGCCAAGGUUGCCCGCCUACAGGCUGAAGCAGCGGCAACAGCUGAGAAGCAGCGGCUUCAGGCCGAAGGAGAUGCAGAUACCAGGGCACGCCGCAAGGAAGCCCAGCAUCUGUUGCAGCGGCAUGAAGCCACUAGCAUGGAAAAGCUCAAGUAUUGGCACUUUGAACCAUCUGAAGGGCACGACGACGCGACACCGGAAGAGCAGCACAGGGAACUCAUGGCCAAACUCGUGACUCGGUUGGUUUACACUUGUAACCACCUGCAGUCCGAGCUGGCGAAUAUGCAGCGGGUCAUGCGGAACCACAAGGCUCACCAUGAGGAUGCAGCACGGGCACUUGAUUCCCGUAUGCAGGACUUGGAGCAAGUUGCACCAAGAUCGGAGGCUGGCGAGUCCAGCAGUGCACCCUCUGCCCGCCAACUGGAGCAACGAGUCGAUCACGUCGUCGCAAUGCUCGGCGAGAUCAGCACCUUCAAUGCGCCAACCACCAUCAGCAAACAGCUGGAUACCUUGAAGACCGAGGUUCUGCCUAACAACCGGAGUUUGGACGAGCAUGUGGAACACCUGCGCACCGUUUUGGAGUGGCUACGACAAGCCAAGUACAAAGCCAACUGCGACAAAUGCGAACUCGCGCGGCAGGAGCUGGAGUACUUGGGACAUUAUGUGACGCCGCAAGGCAUCCGUCCGCUUGCGGACAAGAUCAAGGCCCUCCGCGUAUGGCCUGAGCCCACCAACACCACGGACAUUCGUUCAUUCAUGGGGUUGGCGGGUUACUAUCAGCGAUUCAUCACCGGAUACUCAAGGAUUGUUGCACCUAUGACGAGAUUACAAUCGCCAGAGGUGCCAUUCGUAUUCGAUGACGACGCACGCCGGUCAUUCCAAGCACUUAAGACGGCCAUGCUCAUGGCACCCGUCCUUGUCUUGGAACAACACGACGGCGACGACUGGCACCUUGUGGAGUAUUUCAGCCACAAAGUGCCUCCCAUCAACUCGCUUGAUGAUGCAAGGAAGAAGGAGCUGCUCGCGUUCGUGAUGGAUCUCAAGCGAUGGCGGCACUUCCUCCUUGGGCGUCGUAGGUUCACAUGGGUUACGGACAACAACCCACUGACUUACUACAAUACGCAGGAUACGGUGAGCAGCACGAUCGGACGAUGGAUGUACUUCAUCGACCAAUUUGACUUCACACCAAAACAUCUUCCCGGCCUCUCCAAUCGCGCAGCAGAUGCACUCUCGCGAAGACCUGAUCUUUGCGCGAUGACACAUUAUGCCUUCGCAUUCGACGAGGAACUUCAACGACACUUCAUCCGGGGAUAUGAGUCGGAUCCGGACUGCGCCACGUUGUAUGCGCAACUAUCUUUGGAUCACCCGCCGACCAGCCACUAUCGCAUUGCCGACGGGUACUUGCUCCUCCACUCGAGAGGCAAGGACUUAUUGUGUGUCCCACGAGAUCGUCGUCUUCGGACUCGCCUUCUCGGGGAGCACCAUGACUCGCGACUCGUCGGCCAUUUCGGAGUCAACCGCACUAUUGCAUGGCUUCGACAACGAUUCCGAUGGCCUGACCUCAUUAUCGAUGUCACUCGGUAUUGCGACUCUUGCGAAGUUUGUCGACGAAGCAAGCCUCGCAAUCGCAACCCCUAUGGCGAAUUGCGCCCGAUGCCUAUCCCACGGGAGCCCGGCUUCUCCAUUGCCAUGGAUGUCACCGGACCAUUUCCCCGUGAUCGCCUCGGGCAUGACGGCAUCCUCACGGUUGUGGACCAUUUGAGUAAGUGUGAGCAUUUUCUCCGUUGCAAGUACUACUCCACGGCUCCCGAGCUGGCACGCCUCUUGCACACCGGUUGGAUUUGUGGCCACGGUGUACCGCAAGACACAGUCAGCGACCGCGACACUCGCUUCAUGUCGGCAUUUUGGACUACUCUCAUGCAGGAGUCUGUCACAAAGAUGAAACCAAGUUCGGCUCAGCAUCCACAGACGGACGGGCAAACGGAGCGGGCACAUCAAACCGCUCAAAUGAUGCUUCGUACGCUCAUUCGUCCGGACCAGAAAGAUUGGGUUGACCGCCUCCCCGACAUCGAGUUCGCCUACAACACUUCGGUGCACCCGGCGAUCGGCGUGACUCCAUUCGAGUUGCACCACGGUGGACGGAAAGGCCGUAUCUUCGCCGACCUUCUCCUCCCACGACCAGCCGACAUCGACGCCGCUUGCUCUCCCGCUUCCGUCCGGAAGUACAGGGAAUUACUGGCUCAAGACCGCGCGAACAUGCAAAAGGCUCAAGUCCGCAUGCAGCAGCAAGCCAACAGGCGUCGCGUGCCAUGUCCCAUCCGCGCCGGUGAUCCGGUUUGGGUCUCCGCGGAAGAGUUUGCAUGGGAACAGGAUGUUUCACGCAAACUGCUUCCCAAGUGGUUUGGACCAUGGCCUGUAACAUCAGCCGCGGGCGAUGAGCCCGAUGGCCCUUCAUUUGUGAUCAACAUCCCGGCGCAUCUGACGAUCCAUCCAGUCUCCUAUUUCCGAAGUUGUGUAGGUGUGCAGACUGUGCCAGGCCAAAUGGUGAAUCGUCCCGUUCUGAUCCUGACAGAUUCGGCGCCGAGCUCCACCACUCAGCAUAUCCACAAAAGACAAGAAUUAUGGCGGUGUGAUGAAGCAGAGGCAAGGCAGCGAGGCUGCAAGAGAGAGGGAGAGUGAGAGCACACACACACUCACUCAACUCGACGCAGACUCGACAUGACUCGACGGACGCAGACGCAAAGUCG